AAGCUUCAACUGGCAUGAAACGGUACAAAAGAGUCCAAGAAAGGGAAAAGAAUCGUAUAAAGCACCAAGUUGCCAGGACUCUGAUAGAGUUAUCAAGCACAAAUGAGCCAGAGUUUGUUGCCACACCAUUGACUGCAGAUGUUUUGGACCAAGACCCAGAGCCAAUAUGCCAACUAACAUUUGAUGAACUGAACAAUGAUGAUGACACUUGUGUUGAUGAACUGGUACAAGUGACUCAAAGUCAAGUUAACAGUGAACUACAGCGACUGCUGAAUGAAAACUAUGCUUUGAAACAAGAAUUACAGCAGGUCGAACUAAAUGAAUCGUCCUUUGAAAACAAUGAUGAGAAAGUUAAAUACUACACUGGGUUACCAAAUUCUAUCAUGCUGAUGACUGUUUUUGACUUUGUUAAAGACUACAUUCCAAAACAAAGAGUAAAUUCAGAACUAAGCCAAUUUGAAAGAUUGAUAAUGACAUUGAUGAGACUGAAAUUAAACUUUCCAGUGCAAUAUCUGGCCUAUCAAUUCAACACUUCCACAUCAACUGUUUCAAGGACCUUUACAACCAUGAUUCACAUUCUGUUUGUUAGGUUUAAACAUUUACUUUAUUGGCCUAAAAGGGAAGAACUUCGACAAACGAUGCCAUUAGAAUUUCGUAAAUCUUUCGGACAAAAAACAGCAGUUAUAAUUGACUGUUUUGAGGUAUUUAUUCAACGCCCAAAAAACCUUCUUGCCAGAGCUCAAACUUGGUCCUCAUAUAAACACACUAACACUGUAAAAUUUUUAGUUGGGAUUACACCCCAGGGUUCAAUAUCUUUCCUCUCAAAAGCGUGGGGUGGAAGAGCCAGUGACAAAUACAUAACUGAAAAUUGUGGCAUCUUGGGGAAACUUCUACCAGGAGAUCUUGUCUUAGCAGACCGAGGAUUUGACAUUGCUGAUAGUGUUGGCAUGUGUUGUGCUCAGGUUAACAUUCCAGCAUUUACCAAGGGAAAGGCACAACUUUCAGCAAUUGAUGUUGAAACUACUAGAAAGAUAGCACAUGUGCGAAUUCAUGUAGAAAGAGUUAUAGGACUUGUGAGAAACAAAUAUACUAUCUUGCAAGAUAGACUCCCUGUUGAUUUUUUAAUAUGCGAGGAAGGCCUUCCGGUUGUUGACAAAAUAGCCACAGUGGCUUGUGCACUUACUAACAUGAGUGACUCAGUGGUACCCCUUAAUUAACAGUGUCAGAUUAUGGGCAAUAAUAACUCUAUAUUGGUCCUGUUAUAUACCGUGUCAAUGAAUAUUCAUCCACUUUCUUUAAAUUUAUUGGCAUGAUCAAUAGAGAAAUGUUGUGAGUUUCAUAACAAAAUGUUGUAACUUUCAUAUCUAUUUUAUACAUUUACAUGUCGAUGAUAAAAGUUUAUUUUAUGUAAAUUUUUCAGAUACUGAAUGAAAGAUUCUUAAUAAAAAUAAAUGUUUAUAA